AUGUCCCUGGGGUCCCAGCCACGGUCCUCCCAGGUGGUCCCGGCGCCCCAGAGGCUGCGUCUGGUGCAGAGGAGCUGCCACCUCCCUUCUCUGGUGAACUCCGGGGCCCGGCAGAUCCUCAGGUGUGCCCCACAGGUGUGCUCUGGAGCCCCCGAGGCCAAUGCUCGCAGAGCCCAGAGGAUGCUAUCACUGUGUGGGCUCCCUGCUCAGGACACUGCCCUUGGAGACAGACCCGGCAUGGGCUGGGCCCUGGGGCAGAUGCACUUGGGUUGUGGAUGCGUUUGCUGGGCCGUGAGCUGGAGUGCCAGUGGCCUCUGGUCUGGGCUCCUGGCCAGCGUGCUAGCCGACAGCCAGCAGGACUUGGUGCAGAUGCUGCCCUGGGAGAGGCUCCAUGUCCGUGGGGUCUCUGCCCACCUCAGCCCGGCCACCGCCUCGGAGACUCAUAGGGUGCCGUCGGCCCGGAGCAGCCGGCGGGCCCCGGGUUCCGGGGAAUGGGCUGCUGGAGGCUUCAUGGCCUGGGGCCGCAGCCAGAACCUCUCCACGCAGGCGCCGUUCAUCCUGCUGGGCUUCCCGGGGCCGCAGGGCCUGCGCGCGGGGCUCUUCCUGCUCUUCCUGGUCACGUAUGUGCUCACGGUGGCCGGGAACCUGGCCAUCAUCUCCCUGGUCGGCGCUCACCGGCGCCUCCAGACGCCCAUGUACUUCUUCCUCUGCAACCUCUCCUUCCUGGAGAUCUGGUUCACCAUGGCCUGCGUGCCCAAGGCCCUGGCCACCUUCGCCUCGCGGAGCGGAGCCAUCUCCUUCGCUGGCUGUGCCGCGCAGAUGUACUUCGUCUUCUCGCUGGGCUGCACCGAGUACUUCCUGCUGGCCGUGAUGGCCUACGACCGUUACCUGGCCAUCUGCCUGCAGCUGCGCUAGGGUGGCAUCAUGACGCUCGACCUCUCCGCGCGCCUUGCCCUGGGCGCCUGGCUGUGCGGCUUCUCCGCCAUCGCCGCGCCCGCGGCCCUCAUCGCCCGCCUCUUCUUCUGCGGCUCGCGCGUCAUCAACCACUUCUUCUGCGACAUCGCACCCUGGGUCGUGCUGUCCUGCGGCGGCACGUGGGUGGUGGAGCUGGUGUCCUUCGGCAUCGCCUUCUGUGACAUCCUAGGCUCCUGCUUCAUCACGCUCGUCUCCUACGCCUACAUCAUCGCCGCCAUCGUCAGGAUCCCCUCGGCGCAGGGCCGGCACAGGGCCUUCCACACCUGCUCCUCCCACCUCGCGAUGGUCCUCAUCUGGUAUGGCUCCACCGUCUUCCUGCACGUGAGGACCUCGGCGGAGAGCUCGCUGGAGCUGACCAAGGCCGUGACGGUGCUCAACACCAUCGUCACCCCAGUGCUGAACCCCUUCAUAUACACCCUGCAGAAGAGGGACGUCAAGGAGGCUCUGCGAAGGUACACGGCGUGCCUCGCCGAGCAGGUCCCGGGGAACCUCAAGCCCCUCUGCUUCGGCCCUGGGCUUGCUCCCUCUUCUUGCCGAGGGACGGUGACUCCCACAGGGGCCGUGCCGGCGCAGGAUGGCUCCAGGUUCCACCGGCCGCACCUGUCGUGGGCUUCCCUCUUGGGAAUGCGGCCAUUGCUCGGAGUUGCUGCUCAGGUUUAG